AUUCUCUGUGUUUGUGAAAAAUUUUCAAAGCCUGUUGAAAUCGGUAUAAAUAUUUGUGUAAUACUACAAAAUAUACCUGAUGUUACAGUUACUGCACUUGCGCACCGUUUUGAACUUGAACGUGCCCCAGGUGUUCUCUGCCAUGGCAACCGCAGUCACCUGAGGACGUGCCCCUCCCUAACGUCACAUGGUCUUUUUAUGAUACUUUCACACAAGUAUAACUUCUUUGAGAAUAUCCACUGCACUCAUCCUAGAACCGCCCCUAAAUUGUACCUACAAAUCGAGUCACGACCUUUUUUUGCUUUUACUUUUUAUUAAUUUUACGGGAGAGAAGAUACUUUCAGUAACAGAUUUGGCAAAUCAAAUAAAUCCAUCAGCAGUCGGCAGAGAGUCUUCUGUUGAGCGUCGAGUUUUCAUUGAUUUUAUCUGUCAUCGGAACGACUGACAGCGACACAGCGGAACUGCACUGACCAUCUUCAUAAACUCAGAUUUUACUGAUCUACACAGCAAUAUGAAGACCGUGUUGUUGUUCUUUGUGUUCUAUGUGCCCAUGGACGGUGUGUUUGGUGAGUCAGUGUCAGUGAUGGAGGGAGAUUCGGUCACUUUACACACUGAUCUUCCAGAAAUACAGAGAGAUGAUGUGUUGGAGUGGAGGUUUAGAGCUGAAGGCUUCCGCAUUGCUCAAAUCAACAGAGGAGCCAAUACGAGCAAUAUAUAUGAUGACGUUCCUGAUGUGAGUUUCAGAGACAGACUGAAACUGGACAAUCAAACUGGAGAUCUCACCAUCACAAACAUCAGAACUGAAGAUGCUGGACGUUAUGAAGCAACCAGCACCAAAUAUACUUUAAACAAGGUUUUCAUUGUCACUGUGUCAGCUAAUCCAGUGUCAGUGCUGGUGGGAGAUUCAGUGACUCUACACACUGGUGUUCCUGAACCACAGAGAUAUGAUGUGAUUCAGUGGAGGUUUGGACAUCUAAACUCUCCUAUUGCUGAAAUCCAUAGAAAGACUAGAAAUUACUUUACAUCUAAAACUGAUGGGAGAUUCAGAGACAGACUGAAGUUGGACUAUUGGAGUGGAUCUCUGACCAUUACGAACACUGAAAACAAACACUCUGGAGUUUAUGAAGUUGAGAUCAGUGUCAGCAGACACACCAUACACAAGUCAUUCAAUGUGACUGUCAUUGGUGAAAUGAGGACCGUGUCAGUGGUGAAGGGAUUUUCAGUCUCAUUACAGGCUGGUCUUACUGAAAUACAGACAGGUGAUUUCAUAACGUGGAUGUUUGGAGACAUUGUCCUAGCUGAAAUGUAUAAAAACCAGUCCUCGGUGGGCCAACUAUUCUAUACAUAUGAUGGUGCUGAGGAAAGAUUCAGAGACAGACUGAAGCUUAAUAACCAGACUGGAUCUCUCACUAUAACGCAAUGCCAAACCUCAAACUCUGGACUCUAUGAACUGAAGAUCAACCGACAUGCCAAAUACCUGAGAUUCACUGUUACUGUCAGCGUAUCAGGUCUGUCUUCAGGUGAAAUAGUGGGGAUCUUUGCCCUGCUGUUUGUAGUUGUAACUGCUGUUGGGACUGCUGUUUACCACUGCCGCAAGAACUCUAAACUGAAACAUCCAGUGAAGUCAGUGUCAGUGAUGGUGGGAGAUUCAGUCACUCUAAACACUGAUACUGAACUACUGACAGAUGAUCAGAUCAUGUUGAUAUUUGGAGAUGAAAACUCUCCUAUAGCUGAAAUCAAAAGAGGAGAUAUCUUUACCUAUAAUGUUAUUGAUGAGAGAUUCAGUGACAGACUGCAGCUGGAUCAUCAGACUGGAUCUCUGACCAUCAUGAACAUCAGAAACACAGACUCUGGAGAAUAUACACUAAAGACCAGAAGUGGAAAUAACACAUUAAAGAGAUUCAGUGUUUCUGUCUUUGAUGAAAUAAAGUCAGUGUCAGUAAUAGAGGGAGAACCCGUCACACUGAACACUGAUGUUGAACUACAGACAAAUGAUGAGAUCCUGUGGAUGUUUGGAGACAAAGACAUCGGACAUUUGGCUAAAACCAAAGGAGGGACCAGAGGGACCACUACAAGUCAUGGUCCUGAUGGACAGUUCGGAGACAGUCUGAAGCUGGAUCAUCAGACUGGAUCUCUGACCAUCACAGACAUUGCAGACGCAUACUCUGGAGAAUAUAAACUACAGAUCAUCAGAAGUAGAAAAAAGUCAUUCAAGUUAUUCAAGGUUUCCGUUUCUGGUCCCACUGCACUCGGAAGUAUUUCAGAGAAAAGUCGUUUAUUGCCGUCAAAGAACCAAGAGCAACUAAAUCUGACUGUGUUAUCGCCUCCCAUCAGCAGUGCCUCUGCCAAAAAACUGCUCUUGAGCACACCAACAGUCUUUUGACUACCAAGUUUAUAGAUGUAUGUUACUGUAUAUUGUUUGUUAUAAAGUUAGGUUUUAGGGGAAUUUUUCACUGUCAGUAUUGUUUUACAUUUGAGUUUCUUUUUUAAUUUUUUUAAUUUUAA